GCUCAGAUAGCGAUCAGCAGUUGACUCUGGCAGGACAGCCGAGCCUGAACGCUCCUCAGGCGGGGAUGUGCCGUUUCGUCGUGACGUCUCCAAAGGUGCCAGUGUGACAUAUUCAAGGAAAAAGAUGCAUAAAUGUUCCAGGAAAUAAGUGCAUGUUUAGCGUGAAAGCUCCAAGUUUCAAACCUGCUCUUGUGCGACGCCAGUCAAAGCACUCCUGCAGGAGAUGUUUGCACAACUCCAAAUUGUGAGGGACUGGAGCACCGACAGUGAAGCGGCAGGAUGAGACCCGGGGGAGAGGAACAACACUCGGACAUCACGUUACCGUUUGUGCCGGCGGCGUGAUUUACAGUUUUCCACCAUGGAGGAGAAGUUCAACAGACUCAUCUUCAUCCCCAUCGCGGCGGUGCUCUUCUUAAUGAUCGGCUACCAGUAUGUGUGCCCGGCGGACAGCAACACCUGCUACUUCAGAAGUGACGACAAGGGGCUCUUCCAGCGGUCCUCCUCCGGGUUUGAGUUAGUUUACACGGAGCCGGAGGCGGACGAGGACCUUCCCUCCAAAAUAACAUCCAAAUUUAACUUCACAGAGCGGAACCUGGACAGGCACGUUGAUUUCAAAAUCCGAGGGGAUGAUGUGAUGGUGUUCCUGCACAUCCAGAAGACCGGCGGCACCACGUUCGGGCGUCACCUGGUGAAGAACAUCCAGCUGGAGCAGCCCUGCGACUGCAUGGCCGGCCAGAGGAAAUGCACCUGUCACCGGCCCGGGAGAGCAGAUUCCUGGCUCUUCUCCCGGUUCUCCACGGGCUGGAGCUGCGGGCUGCACGCGGACUGGACCGAGCUCACGAGCUGCGUGCCCACCGUGAUGAACAAGAGGGACAAGAAGAGUGUCCAGAAGAACAAAAGGAAUUUCUACUACAUCACGAUGCUACGCGACCCCGUGUCACGCUACCUCAGUGAGUGGAAACACGUGCAGCGCGGGGCCACUUGGAAAACUGCCCUCCAUAUGUGUGACGGCCGCUCCCCCACUGAGGACGAGCUCCCCGCCUGCUACAGUGGGGACGACUGGACCGGCGUGCCCCUGAUCGACUUCAUGAGCUGCCCUUCGAACCUGGCCAACAACCGGCAGGUGCGCAUGCUGGCCGACCUCAGCCUGGUGGGCUGCUACAACAUGUCGUCGGUGAGCGAGCUGGAGCGAGGCCAGGUGCUGCUCGCCAGCGCCAAAGCCAACCUGCUCAAUAUGGCUUUCUUCGGCCUGACGGAGUUCCAGCGCAAGACGCAGUACCUGUUCGAGCGGACGUUCGGCCUGCGCUUCAUCCGGGCCUUCACGCAGAUCAACAGCACGCGGGCCGCCAGCGUGGGCAUCAGCGAGAAGGUGCGGUGGCGCAUCGAGGGGCUGAACGCUCUGGACGUGGAGCUCUACGAGUACGCCAAGGAGCUGUUCCUGCGGCGCUACCAGUACAGCCGGCAGAAGCAGCACCAGGAGGAGCGGCUGAGGCGGUGGCAGGAGAGGCAGCAGAGGCAGCGGCUGCACAGGACCUAUCUGUCCGAGCUGUGGAGACUGGGAGGAGGAGGAGGGGAGGAGGAAGAGGAGCAGAUGAAAGGGCUGGAGGAGGUAGCUACCACCGAGGACUACAGCAGCCAGGUGGUGAGGUGGUGAGGAGGUGAGGAGGACACAUGGGCGCCUGUUUGAUUCAUCGUGCUUUACUCUCCUCCCCAGAAUCUGCCAAAUCCUCCUGCCCGCAUAGCUAAUUGUUGGACUGCCGAACGGUGUCUUAAUAUUUAUGAUGGAUGUAUUUGUCAUGGCAACAUAAACAUUUUGUAUUUUUGUUUUCUAUGGCUACUUUUGGGACUGCAGAUGUGAAUUGUGUUUAUUUAUCCAUUACCAAUAGCUUCUAAUGGUCUCAAAGUGGUGAAAACGUUUCUUAAAGUUCGCUAACAAUUAGGGAAAAAAAUGGCUGACUUGAAGGAUCCUCUGUGUAACGUGUGUGAUCUAGUGUGUUGAUCAGUGAAAUUCUGUAGUUACUCUGUUGUGUUUGGCUUCAUAAGAAUAUCAAAGCACAAACUUGGCAAUAGUCGUUGGUGUUUUUUUUUUUCUUGGACUGCGGCAGUAUACAGACAUCGCAGGAAAGGUGUUCAAUGAAAAUAAUGCAGUACAGUCACGUACAUUUGACUCUCUGGUACGCAUGUGUACAUGAACGUGUUCCACCUUGCUUCUUUUUCACAGCAUGUUCUCACCAUAAAAAAUCAGAAAUCUC